AUGUACGCAGGAAGGAAAAGAAGAAAAGCCGUGCAGAAAGCUGUGAAGCAGCCUCCAGCUGAUGGAGUGAAGUCGAACCCGUCUAAACGUCAUCGUGAUCGUCUGAACUCGGAGCUGGACCGUCUCGCGCGCCUGUUGCCGUUUCCUGAUGAUGUCACGUCGGGUCUGGACAAGCUGUCCAUCCUGCGUCUGAGUGUCAGCUUCCUGCGCACCAAGACCUUCUUCUCCCUGACCUUAAAGAAUCACGGCGGUAAAAGGGCGACGCCCAGCCACGGAAACCAUGGCAACAGUAAAGCUACAGGAUUGUUGGAUGGACGCCUACCAGAGGGGGAGCUGCUGCUGCAGGCCCUUAAUGGGUUUGUACUAGUGGUGACUUCAGAAGGGACCAUAUUCUACGUCUCACACACUAUACAGGAUUAUCUUGGAUUCCACCAGACGGAUGUGCUACAUCAGUGCGUGUUUGAGUUGGUCCACACAGAGGAUCAGCAGGCGUUUAGGCGUAAUCUGCACUGGGCUCUGAACCCUCCAACUGCAGAAGAAAAGCCCGAGAUCACACAGGAUGCAGGUUCUGCCUCCAGUUCCUCUUCAGUCCAUUAUAAACCAGAUCAGCUGCCUCCAGAGAACUCGUCCUUUCUGGAGAGGAACUUUAUCUGUCGCUUCCGCUGCCUGCUCGACAACUCCUCUGGCUUCCUGGCACUGAAUCUCCAGGGUCGCCUAAAGUUCCUCCACGGACAGAACAGGCAUUUAGAUGAUGGAGGACAAGCCCCGCCCCAUCUGGCCCUUUUUGCCGUAGCCACGCCUCUACAGCUGCCUUCUAUUUUGGAGAUCCGCACCAAAAACAUGAUCUUCAGAACCAAACACAAGCUGGACUUCACUCCAAUGGCCUGCGAUGCCAAGGGUAAGAUAGUUCUGGGUUACACCGAGGCAGAGUUACGGGUCCGUGGCACGGGCUACCAGUUCAUCCACGCAGCCGACAUGCUGUACUGUGCAGAGAACCAUGUCCGCAUGAUUAAGACUGGGGAAAGUGGCCUGACUGUGUUCCGACUGCUCACUAAGGAAAACCGGUGGAAGUGGGUGCAGGCCAAUGCCAGACUUGUCUAUAAAAAUGGAAAACCUGAUUACAUCAUUGCUACUCAGAGGCCCCUCGGGGAGGAGGAAGGAGGCGAGCAUCUUAGGAAACGCUCCAUGCACCUUCCAUUCACUUUUGCAACUGGUGAAGCUUUGUUGUAUCAGACCAGCUUCCCCAUUCCAGGCUUCUCUGAUAACAUGGCGGCCAAAGGCAAAAGUGGGAAAUCCAAGAAAACCAAAGUAGACAAAAGCUCAAAAGAUGAGCUCGACCCUAGCUCCCUGCUUGGUGCGAUUAUGAGGCAGGAUAAGUCAGUUUAUGUUUGCCAACCUGCGUCAGAUCCUAAAGUACCGUACCGCAGCAGCCUGUUUAGCAAACAAGAGGAGACCAGUACCUUUUCAAACUCUGUGGAAGGUUUGAACUUUAAUUCUGCACCUAAUAAUGAAAAUGGAGUUCUCAAGUCUGUAGUGUCAACUAGUUUUGACCCUCUGCUGGCUACACUGGAUUCUCUUUCGCUAGAAAAUGAAGAAAGCUGCACCAACACUGAGCUGUUUAAUGCCCUGGAAAAUCUAGGAUUAAAUGCAGAGGAUCUGGAGUUGCUCCUCCUGGAUGAGAGGAUGAUCCAGGUGGAAAUGGAGCCAGAAUACAUUCCUUCACUUAAUGAUCUCCUCACUAACAAUGAGAUCCUGUCCUAUAUCCAUGAUUCGAUAGAAAAUAGUACAACUAGUGAAAAUAGUCUUGUUCCCCUUACUGCCUCAGAUCUUAUGGACCCUAUAGAGGGUUCCUCAAAACCUUAUAACCCACCUUCUAUGUCUGAUUCAACUCCUAUUCCCGUUUCAAGUCCAUAUUUAUCUUUCCGACCUUCCAGGUGUCCGACCUCACCCAUUCUUCAUCUGUCACAGCAGAUGCAGCAGCACUUGAGCACUCAGGUCUUGCACCAAAAAUACCAUGGCUGGAUUCCCGAGACACAGAUUAGUGAGGUUUCAUUCCCUCAGCACAAUUCAUUACUUGCUAGUGCAGCAGCUGAUGUUCAGAAUGGUCACUGUUUCCCUCAACAAACUCUGGAUGAAGUCUCAGAGGUCAAUGUAAAGUUUCCAGAACCCAAUAAACACCAGGAGCCUUGGUGCCAAAACCAGACACAAUCCCUUUUACCAUAUAAACAUGAACAUAUGUAUGUUGGUGGCUCUCAAAAUGGGAUAGGCCCCACCCCUCAAUGGGAAGAACCCUACUACAUAGACCAUCAGGCCCCCCAAAGUAGCUAUGUGGAUUACAAUAUGGCCAUGGUGUCCGGGAUGGAGUUCAAUGGUAGAGUGGAUGGAGAACUUCGACAUGGCAUGUCAUCAUCAUCAUUGUUGUCCUCUCAGCAGCUUUGCGCAAAACAAACAAUCUCAACUUAUACCUACACUAACCAGAACUCAUCACUGGGUCAUGUUCUUCCCUCAUUGGAUGUUUAUAAAAUGUUUGAUUCCACACAGUCUCAAGAUUCUACCCACAGACAGGUAAGAAGUAGCAAGAACCUGUGCCUUAUGCCAAAAUAGUCUUCAACACU